GGCCACCCAUCAUCUCGCCUCGGAAGUUGAUUCGAUUCGAUUCACAAGAUCUGCGGUUUCAGCAGUCAGUUUCAUUACUUCUGGCUAGUUGAGCUAAUCAAGAACAAUGAAGGUCCGAUCAACCAGUUGGGAUGGGAUGAGCCUACUAAUGAGUGUCCUGAUGCUGUCAAUGAACCUCCCCUUGAAGAGAGUCUCUUGCUUUUCGUUGGUUCAUUCCGUUUCCAAAAGAACAACGCUCCACAAUCAUAACAUCAAGUCUGUCCUCCACCAAUCGACACGGUCUACCAGCAGCAGCAGCAGCAGCAGCAGCAGCAGUACUGCAGCAGAUGUCUCUGUAACGAUUGCUCCACCGCCCGUACUCACAACCUCGGAUUCGCCCGUGAUUCUUCUCAAACACUCACGACAAUCCAAAGCGUUUCGCAAUGGAAAUCAACUCGUCUUUCAAGGAUCCAUUCAAAAGGGAAAUGCCACCGUGGGAACACUAGUAGAAGUGGCCGUCGAGAAUAAGAUUAAGAAACACAAGGACAAGGACAAACAAGACAGCAACAACAACAACAAUAUUAAGCCUCUCUCUAUUGGAUGGGGAGUCUUCAAUCCCAACAGUCUCUACCGAGUACGUAUUCUCUGUCAUCGCUAUCUCCAGCCCAAACUCUAUCAAUCCAUUAUCGACCAAAAGGACGAUUGGACGGCCGAAGAGACGUUGGCCAUGAUUCUACGUCAUCAGUUCCAAGCAGCCCUGAAAAAGCGACAAGCUCUCAGCCUCACCAACAAUCACGCUAUCACUUCCAUGUAUCGCUUGGUCAAUGGAGAAGGAGAUUCUCUAUCGGGGCUCCAAGUCGAUGUGAUUAACCAGGACCAUAUCGUCAUUCAAAGUUCGGCCGCCUGGUGUGAGAUUCACAAAGAGAUCAUUCUCGAAACAUUCCAGCAAGUCAUGCCCUGUCCCAAUCUCAUUUGGAAAGUCGCAGAAUCCAGGCUCAAACAAGAUGGAUACCCUUCGCCGCCACAGCAAACACAACCAGACGACAACGAUCAUCACGAACCAGUUCUGGCAUUGGAAAAUGGCGUCACUUUUCAAACGUUCCCUACGGAACUGGGACAAAAGACGGGUGUCUAUUGCGAUCAACGAGAAAAUCGACACACACUCGCACAAUACACACAUGGCAAGACCGUCUUGGAUUUGUGUUGCUACCACGGGGGAUUCAGUCUCACGGCCAUCCUACAGGGAGGAGCCACCAAGGCCGUCGGCGUCGACAGCAGUGCCGCUGCCAUUGACAUUGCGAUGGAAAAUGCUCGCAUCAAUCAGUGUGCCGACAAGGUUUCAUUCCAACAAGCGGAUAUUACCGAGUUCAUGCAGCAACAACAGCAACAGCAGUAUUAUGACGUGGUCGUCUUGGAUCCACCAAAAUUGGCACCCACCGCCAAAGGUUUGGAUCGAGCCAGUCGCAAGUAUCACGCGCUCAAUCGAGAUGCCAUCAAAUUGGUCAACCCUACCGACGGAGGAUUGCUCAUGACCUGCACUUGUUCGGCUGCCAUGACACAACAAGAUGGAGGACAGUACUUUUUGGAAAUGGUGGCCAGGGCAGCAAUGUCGGCGGGACGACAAGUGACACUCAUGAGCAAGCAUGGAGCCGCUUCCUGUCAUACUCAGUCACCGAUAUCAAGCCCAGCAGGAGCCUAUCUAACGGCCGCUCUCUUUUUUGUGCAUCCUCUAUAAGUAUUAAUCAUACCGUACAAUAAAAGCAAUCAACAAUCAUCGUGGCACUGGGUAGUUGUGUAACUGAUAACUGUAUAUAUAGUGGGGCACUACCAAUCCACGAGUAUGGCUUUCUAGAGCAAAGGAUUGUGGCUGCUGGCUAAUAGAAGCGAAGGAGCUAUAUCGUU